AUGGAAAGAGGAUCCUUGAAUGCACCCAAUGCAAAUUCUGUGAAAGAUAAAGGGAAAAGUGAAGACCUCAAGGGCAAAGCAUCUUGUAGCGCAGAAGUAAUUGUAGAUCAGUGUGUUGAUGUCAUGUUCAUCUGUAGCGAGUGGGGCUCCUCGAAAGGUGGAUUAUCAACGUUUAACAGGGAACUUGCUGUGAAUCUAGCGAAGUAUUGGAAAGAAAGAAUCAGGGUUCACUGCUUUGUUUGCCAAAGCACAGAAGAAGAACGACAAGAUGCGAGCAGCAAUGGAAUCCAGUUAAUGACAGCACAGCGACCUCCUGGAUCUAGUGAUCCACUUGAAUGGAUUCGAUUUCCGCCAUCAGAGCUUCCCAAUCCUGACAUCGUCGUUGGCCACGGUAGACAGUUUGGUGGUGCAGCUUAUUCCAUUCGACGAAUGACAGGUUGUAAGUGGAUACACUUUGUGCAUGUAUUUUGCGAGGACCUUGGAAAGCACAAGCUGGAAUGCAGCGUUACGGCCGAUGCAAUCGCAGAUAACGAAGCGAAGAACAAACGAGAACUUGAGCUGUGCAAAGCAUCUGACGCAGUUGUCGCAGUAGGCUCCCUACUACAAAGAAAAUAUCAAAGAAGUCUGCCAGAUUUCAAAGUAGAAGUCAUUACUCCGGGGAUUUUCGAAAAGUAUGUCAAUCCAACAGCAAGGAAAUCGAAUAAAUUGGAAUCAUCAGAAGAUGAGUUUCGCGUCUUCAUGUUCGGUCGUGGAAGUUUUGAGGACUUUGAACUGAAAGGAUACGAUAUAAUCGGUAAGGCUGUGGCUUUACUGGAAAGAAAAUUUGAGCUCACUUUUGUUGGUGCACCACAAGAUCAACAACGGAAGAUCGAAAAAUGGUUCCUGGAGGAAACGAAAAUAACACGGAAUCAACUAACCAUCAGAGGCUUUUGUAAUUAUGAAGAAGUGAGAGAGAUGUUUCGUCAAGCGGAUGUAGUUGUGAUGCCAUCCCGCACCGAGGGCUUCGGGCUGGUGGCCCUAGAGGCCAUAUCAGCUGGUGUGCCUGUACUGGUCUCCAGGGAAUGUGGUAUAGCCAAAGCCCUUCAAACCGUAGAUGGUGGGAUGGCUGUGGUCAUCCACUCAGCUUUACCAGAGGAAUGGGCAAAAAAAAUCAAAGAGCUAUCACAGCAAACACCAGAUGAGAGGUAUGCCUCUGCCCUGCAUCUAAGAGGGAAUUAUGGGAAGAGGUACCACUGGAAGGAGGAAUGUGAAAAGUUUAUGAAGAUGAUUCUGCAGUUGGCUCCCAGUCCCACUCCUAAGGAGACUGUAUUCACAGGUUUGCUUUAGUAACUAUAACCAAAAUUUCUAAGUUGAUUUUAAUUUCAAAGAAUAUUUGCACUGUGAGAAUUAUAGCUACUGUCACUUCCACAAGAAAUAUUUUUUCCUUUGUAAAGGAAACAAUUGUUUUACUUUCCUGUGCUAAGCUAUUAGAUGAUCAGGAACUGUCUCUAAUUCUUGUUUUUGGUGACUGAAGGUUGCUACUUAUUGAUGCUCUUACAAUUAUUUUUGAAAAAAUAAUCAAGAGAGAGAUUACUCAUUUAAGAAAUUUUUUCCAAGAUGACUUACCAUAUUUCCUUGAAUAAGUGCCCAUGUUCUAAUAAGUGCCCUCCCCCAAAUAAGUAUGCACCACCUAGACCAUAAUUUCAAACGAGCAACCCCUCCAAUAACUACCCCCCCCCCUCCUUCCUCACUUUUAAAAUAGUAGGUGUACAAUGACAACCUGUUUCUAUUGCCAAUUCAUUUAUAACUUUUUAAACUUCACCUACAGUUUAAUCAGUGCAGGAGAAUAGUUUCUUUUCCAUUCAGUUAUUCCUAUCUCCAUGUGAUUGCAGAGUCCCCAUAUUGUUCUCCAUAUUGUUCUCAAUACAUUUCCUAAGGGAUGACAAGGAGAAUUUGUUUUAUAAUCUAGAGCUUCAAUUGAUGGCGAUAAUUUCAUUUGUUCUUGUGACCUUUAUGUGUGAUUUUGGGGAUGAUAUGGUAAGGAGAAAUUAGAUGCUGGUCAUUCUCAGGGGUUAAAGCAUUAUGUGUCUUAUCUGUUGUUUUUAAUUUCGUCCCAUUAAGCACCAUCCUUCUGGUAAUUUCCCCCUUCGAACCCCCAUGGGCACUUAUUGGAGGAAGUACGGUAUCCUAAAAUUUAAAUUAAUUUCAAGUGGCUUUAUUCAUUUUCUUUAUUUCUAGAAAAGGCUCCAUGCAGUUCAAACGAUAAAGAACAAACACAAAGGAAGGAGUUUUUCACAGGAACUGGUAAGUUUUUGCUGGGAAGGAUACUGGUCUAAAGAAUUCAUAUUAUUUACAAAAGUUAAGAUUUUCAUGAAUUUUUUUACAGCAUACACAUUAUUGUAACAAUUCUGUGACAUAUUAGUAGAAUUGUGUCAUUUAAAAUUUUGUAAACCGUUAUGUGCCAUCAAUUCAUAGCUUCAGCAUCCUUCCCACAAGUAACAUCUUAGGCAACCUCCCAGACAUUUGUAUGUGGGCUGCAUAGGAAGGAGGAGGGAGAUGUUGAAGCUUAAAAAUGGUUGGUAGAUAAUAAAUAAAUAUGUUUGCUUGCAAUGAUACUGUAUUAUCUGAUAAAUAUUUCUCCUCACUUUCUGUAGGUGAUCUUCCACACAGCGGCUCAGAAGUUGGGGAAAGAGAUGGAAGGGAAGAAAGUGAGUCUACACCAGGUGGGUGAAUGAACAUGUAACAUUGCAGGUUAUGCCCUCAUUUGGUUCUUUUCUGAAAAAUUAGCCUGCAUGAUAUUGUUUGAACUGUACAACAGUUCUCUGACAGUCAGAGGGUGCAGUUGUAAAAUACUACUGUAACAUUUAAUGCUUAAGUGUUGUUGAAGGAUUGUAUAGAAGUCUGCUGAUAUUUUCUGUUAUGUUGUGCAGCAUUAUGGUAAAAAUUCUGAAUGUUCUAUGUUUUGACACAAAAUCUUCUAUUAAACAAUACUUUUUUGAUAUCUCUUUACUCAAACAAAAUAUUUACUGAGCCUUAGAAUCUUCAGAAUGUCAUUAGGCCUUGCUUGAAGUCCUUUGUUUUCACUCUACAGUCUCAAUUUGCAUCUUAAGGGAAUCAUAGUGUUGUUGACUCAAAAACUUAUUUUACUGCUUUUAAGACCUGGAUGUUAUUUUCCAGGCAGAAUAUUUUAUAGCAGUUUUACUUUUCAUUUUGUGUUCUAGAAGGUCUAACAUAAUCAGAAAGGUACAGAAAUUAUUAGACUUGAAAAUAUUGGAUCGUUUCUUGUCCACCACAUGGCAUGGGCAGUUAUGGGUGGUUCAGGUGUCAAUGUUUAAACUGAAAAAUUCUUAUUCCUAUCCUCAGCCUUACAAAUAUGUAAAUGCAUUACUUUUGUAUUUUGUCCUGUGUAUAAGAUCCAGACACUUCAGAUAAAACAGCAGAACAAACAAGAGAAAGAAGGACAGGUGGGCAAGGGGAAGGUACAUAUAUUUAACUCAUUUUGUAGAAUGCCACAAAAAAAUGCAAAUUUUUUUUGUUAUUGUACCUUUUGUAGACCCAAUUAAGUGAGGAUAUUUGCAUAUGCUCUUCAUCAAUAUGAGGAUAUGAUUUAAUUAUUUUGACCACAGAUGGAGACAGUUUUUUUCCUUUGGUUUGUGAACAGUAAACAGCUGCCUGGUUUCAGCAGAAUUGUAUGAUAUGAAAACUAGAAGCUGUUUAAAACUAAUUAAGAAUUAUUCUGAGUUAACAUACAGCAGUUAUCAUUCAGUAUGUAUUAUUUUAAUAGUUCCUUGAGGCGACAUUUUCUUGGAAACCCAACAUCAGCUUGUUCAAUUUUAUUGAACAAAUAUUCUACCAAUCCAACAUUUUUUGUAGCAGUGAAAUGAUCCAAGGAAUUAUAAAUUGUACAAAACAAUGAAAACAGUUUAAAGAAAGAAAAAUGGUUGCAUAGGGCUAUUAUAUAUUAAAGAGGUGUAUGCGUUGCAAUUUAUGACUAUCUUAAUUCAGUUUUCGCUGCAGAUCAAGACACCUCAAAUAAAAGAGAAAAAACAAAGGGAGACAAGAAAAAAUUUCAAGCAGCAGGUAUGUAUAUUAAUUGCCUCUUUAAAAUUUUAUUAGUUGUACAUAAUUCUAAUUAAUCAGCUGGAACCCAGGGAUAAUUUUGAUUGCUCAUACUGUCAUCCAACAGGUGAAAAAAGCCAGCUUUUUCUUUAUUUUGUGUACUGAGUCUACAGAGACUUAACUAUAUAGUUUUCUGCACAAUUAUAAGAAAAUUAAAAGCUCUUUAAAAUUGAUUAAGAUAUUCUAGUUUUGGUCUUAAUAUAUACCAAGUACUCUGAGAUGACCAUUUCCACUCAAUGCUAACAAUAGAAAACCUCUUUCAUUUUCACUGACCUAAAAUCAUCAUUGAUAGUACUUAAAGGUCAUGAUCAUAACUUCAGUGUUUUCAUUCUACGCAGCUUUAGACACUUCAAGUGAAACAAGAGGACAAACACAGGGAGACAAGGGAGUAGUGCAAGCAGCAGGUAUGUAAUAUUUGUCUACUUGCAGGAUCCUUUAGGUAAACAAAAAACUCCUGUAAAGGAGUGUUGUCAAUGCCAGCUGUGAGCACAGGCAUCCCAAGCUCACGUCUUCAGGAACUGGAGCAGAAACGUCAGUGAAUAACUUCCUUAGACUAGUUCAUUUUCUUCAACUUAAAAUAACAAGUAUGCCACAGCAUCUUCCAGUCUAAUACUAUGACCAACUACUGUAUUUCCUCAUGUUAGCGCUCACGUUCUAAGAAGUGCCCUCCCCCGAGGCCAUUAUAUCAAACAACCUCCCUCCUAGAAUUAUCACUUCUGCUUCUCCCCCACUUUCCUAAAUAAAAGGAAAACCUGAUUCUGUUACCACUUUAUUGAUGACUUUUUAAGCUUCAACUUAACUGCUAAAUAAGUACCGUUUAUAAUUUAAUUCUUACUGAACACCCUUCUUGAUUAAGCAACUUCCUUCCACUAAGUGCCUCUCCUUCUAACCAAAACUUUAAAUAAUUCGCACCUGGACACCACUUAAUGUACGUAGAACUUCUGUAAUAUUCUUGCUUUGCUUUCAACUUAUAGGGAAAUGUAUGGAAAUACCUGUAGAACUAUAUUAUCCCAACACUUAUAAAAGCACUAUUUGAGUAAACUUCAGAAAGAGAUUGAGUGUGUAGAUAAAGCCUUGAAGCAAUGUAGAAGGAAAUGAGUUAGUUCUCAAACCAAAAAUGAUUUAAUUGGUAAUCAAAGAAGAGCUUAAUUUACUUGCAGUAUUCAUGUUGGCUUGUGGGUCAUUUAGCACUUGGAUCAAACGAUAUUAAUGUUUGUGCUUGCCCUACUCUUUCUUCCACAACACUUCCCACUCUUCUGACUUUUUCAAUGAAGCUUAGAGGAGGCAAAAUAUUCUCUCGCUUCUACUUAGCACUAAUAUAGUAAAUAUGUUCCACAUUUGAGUCUUAACUUGUGUUUUUCUUUUUGUUCAUGAGAUUCAGCUACUGUGACAAAAUACUGUUGGACGUACUCAGGCAUAAAUUAUUGGGUCAUAUCUAUAAGCAGUGAACUUACGCACGUAACAAUGAUAUGCGCAUUUGAGGUUGUGAGUUUUGUAUGGCUUUUGAACAUGUAACUGCUUGGUUUACAGUGGAGUAUUAAAGUAAGUGUUUUUAACUUAAACUCAUUGUUGCAGGUACAGCUACAUAUGUUUCAACAAAACGAGCACAGAGAAAUAGAAAAGAAGUUUGGACAGCAACAGGUACAGUUGUAGAAGGAAGACACCACGUGUCUAUCAGCAAUUUAUGUACCGCAACCAAUAUGAAAUAUGAAGGGGGAAGGGGGGUUGGGGAGAACGUCUUGGAUAAAAAAACAAGGAAGGACUACAGGGGAGGGACUGGGACUCCCAAGGAAUAUUAGACUUUUUCCUUUAAUUUUAUGUAACAUUCCUAUUUUGUUGCCUUGGUUUAAUCCCCUUUAAUGCCAAAAUUGAUCAACAUGUAAUUUCUCAUAAUAUUGUCGUUUAAAGCAUCUUCUUGCAAAAAGGGAGCAAGAUUGAUUUUAAGGACAGAAAGGAACAUUGAAACAAUGUGGAAGUGAGACAGCACAACGGACGUUUAGACAUCCAUCAUUUGUUGUCUUUUAAAUGGAAGUCUGUUUGCAGGAUUCCAAACUAGGUAGCAUUCCAUAGUGUGAUAUUUCUCUCUUUUCUCCGAUGAAAAAGGUCCAAACACUUCUUUAAAGAGUAAAACAAUUGAUGGGAAUAAACAAACAAAGUCUGUUCAAGGUGAGUAAACUUUACAACGCUUGUCAUUCGAUUAUAACUGUCAAUAAACUCUAAAAACAAAGAGUAAGGCUGGUCGGUGAACAUUGCAAAUUAGUGAUUCAGAUGUCAUAGAACGUGAUUGAUCUUUGUAAGUUUUCCAAAAUUCCAAGGCUAUGAAGAAUUAUUUUCUGUAGCAUAAGUUUGAUAUUCUGUUUGUAAAACUUUGAGAAACUGAAAAUAAAGCGAGUUGAGGCUUCACUUUAGCUGUGUUGUUAACAGGAAGUUGCGACUAUUUUUGAUUACUAAUCGUGAUAGUAGACAGAACAACUUGGCUGAAUACCAAAGUGAUGGCUCACAGGCAUGUUCAAUCGCAACCAGAACUUGACACAAUUAACGCAAUUAAUAUCGACCAAGCUUCGACCGCACGUUUAGAGAUCAGUAGAGCGAAUUACCAUUAGUUCUGGUGAGAAGUGUCUAUCAUAAGAUCAAGACGGGUGUAACAAACUAAUCUAGAUUUUUUAAUUACUCAAUUCAACUAAAUAAGAAAUUUCUCUUUGAACAAGGUCCACAUUGAUAACAGUUCUUGAACUGAAACCUUUACUUGGUCUUAAUUUUCCCCUCAAAGUUACUGGUUCCGUCACAACUCUCCCCUCUCUAGACCCUUCUUGCAUAAUUUUGCAUUUCUUAAUUUCUUUUCAAAUUGUUUGAUUUUAGGUGACACUUUUAUGGGCUAGGUCAACAUAUCAAACAAGAACAUUAUCCCUCCCCCAUCCUUAAUCGAAUAAUUAUCCUCUCCUUGUCUCUCACUUUCCAAAAUAAAUGGAAAACCUGAUUCUAUUACCACUUUAUUUAUAACUUUAUUAAGCUUCAACUACAGCCAAAUCAGAACAGUUUAUAGUUUCAUUCUAAAACACCCCCUGAAUUAAGCGACUUGCUUUUAAUAAGCGCCCCUCUUUUUAGCUAUAACUUGAAAGAAUUCAUGCCUGAGUGUUUGUUCGAGGUAAUGCAUGUAAAGUUAUCAAAUGUGGUGAAGCAAAGACCCUCGUGUACCAGUAAUUUCUGAUUGGGAUGAAGCUAUAUAAUAUAUGUAGUAUUUCUGUAACGGUUUCUGGUCUUUCUGCUUUACUUUCAACUUAAAAGGAUAUGUACGGAAAUACUUGUAGAACUUUAUCAAUUAAAGUACUAUUUGAGAAGGAAUGAGUUAGUUCUCAAAAAAAAAAAAAAAAAAACAAUGGUGAUCAAAGAAGAGCUAUUUACAUGUAUUCACGUUUGCUUACAGGUCAUCCAGCACAAAUGGAUCAAAAAUAUCAGUAACGAUUUUCCAUGUAUCUCUUUUCUACAAAUUUCUCGUCGCUCUAAUGACUUUUUUCAUGAAGCUAAAAGGAGGCAAAAGAUUCUCUUACUUAUACUUAUAGUUAGCACUCAUAUAGCAUAUGUGUUUAAAAUUUGAGCCUUGCCUGUGUUUGGUUGAUUAAAUGAGUGCAUAAUUUUUUAUUUUUUCACAUUCGUCAGAUUCAGGUACAGCUCCAUGUGAUUCAACAGAAGAAGAAUUGAAACAUAAAAAGGAAGUCUCUGCAGCAAAAUGUAGGGCUGUAGAAGGUAUAUACCAUAUGCCUAUUAGCAAUUUAUGUAUUUCAACUAUUUUUGGAACUGGGAAAUAUGAAGGGAUGGGCAGAGGGGAGGUGGAUGUAGAUUAAUACAGAGCAGGAAAUUACGGAAAAGAAGGAACUGGCAGUACUGAUAUUAGACUUUGUACUCUUAAAUUGUGUAACAGUUGUAUUCCAUUUGUUUGGUUUCAUUCCUUUACUACCCAAUGUUGACCAAAGUGUAAUUUCUCACAACAUCUUAAUUUAGAGCCUCUUCUAGCAAGAAGGGGCACAAAUUUGUUUUUUGGAUAGAAAAUUGGGUGAGUUGUAAAACACAAGAAAACCUGCCACGAUAUGUUUUUUCGUAACUGUCAAUAAACUUUAAUACCAAGAACAUAGCUGGUCGGCAAAUGCUGAAAAUUAGUGAUUUAGAAGUCAUAGAACAUAAUUUUCAUAUCCUGUCUGUAACGCUUACGUCAACUGAAAUUCAAUUAAAUAUAGACUUUGCUUUAGGCGUUUUGUUAACAAGCUGUUGGGACUUUUGUUGAUAGCAAUCUGUCACAAUUAUUUUGAUUACUCGUAUCGAGAUAAGCAGCCAUUUCCAGUAGAAGUUUGAAAUGAUAUAAUCUCCUCGUGCGAGGUAAUUUUAGCGAGAUAUGACGCAAUCCUUGACCAACCAGAGUGCAUGCAUCUCUACAGUCACCAGAGGAAUUAUACCUAUCAGUUAUUAUUAUUAUCAUAAUUAGUAUUACUAUAAUUGUUAUUUAUACAAAUUUUCUUGUUACCUAUUUUUCCUCCUAACGUCGCUAGUUCCAAAAUACAUCUCAUGUCUCUACACCCUCCUUGGAGUUUAAUGCCAAUCUUAAUUUCUUUUCACAUUGUAUGAUUUUAGGCGACACUUCUGUGAGCAAGGACAACAGGGAAUUGAAUCAGUUACACUCUGCCGAAGGAGUCAGUGACGUCACUGAGAUGAAAUCGACACUUCCUCCUAGAUUUCCAGGUGACUCCAGGGACGCAACAGGCAGAACGCCGCUGAUGAAUGCUGCUUUGAAUGGCAACGUUCUCGCGGUGAAGAGUAUAAUGAAAAGGGGAGCAGACCCAUCCCUGAUGAGCAACACAGGAUGGAACACCUUACAUUAUGCCGCAGCUGGCGGAGACACUAAUGUUAUAUCUCUAAUCCAAACUCACCUGCCCAUCAUUGACUCAAAAACAACUGAGGGUAUCACGCCACUAAUGAUAGCGGCUGCCAAUGGCAAAUUACAUGCAGUGAAAUGGUUUCUUGAGAAGGGGGCAACUGUAACCUGUGAAAGCAAGAGAGGAUGGAACACGUUACAUCAUGCCGCACAACGCGGAGACACUGAUAUUAUAUCUCUAAUCUAUACUCACCUGCCCAACAUUGAGUCCAAAACAGGCGAGGGUUCAACGCCACUAAUGGUGGCGGCUUUGUAUGGCAAAUUACAUGCAGUGAAAUGGUUUCUUGAGAAGGGGGCAACCGUAACCUGUGAAGACAAGAUAGGAUGGAACACGUUACAUCAUGCCGCACAACACGGAGACACUGAUAUUAUAUCUCUAAUCCAUACUCACCUGCCCAACGUUGAGUCAAAAACAAGCGAGGGUUCCACACCACUAAUGGUGGCGGCUGUCACUGGUAAAUUACGUGCAGUGAAAUGGUUUCUUGAGAAGGGGGCAACUGUAACCUGUAAAGACAAGAGAGGACGGAACACGUUACAUCAUGCCGCACUGGGCGGAGACACUGAUAUUAUAACUCUAAUCCAUACUCAUCUGCCCAACAUUGAGUCCAAAACAGGCGAGGGUCUCACGCCACUAAUGCUGGCGGCUGGCAAUGGCAAAUUACAUGCAGUGAAAUGGUUUCUUGAGAAGGGGGCAACCGUAACCUGUGAAGACAAGAGAGGAUGGAACACGUUACAUCAUGCCGCACAACACGGAGACACUGAUAUUAUAUCUCUAAUCCAUACUCACCUGCCCAACAUUGAGUCAAAAACAAGCGAGGGUAGCACGCCAUUAAUGAUGGCGGCUGGCAAUGGCAAAUUACAUGCAGUGAAAUGGCUUCUUGAGAAGGGGGCAACUGUAACCUGUGAAGACAAGAGAGGAUGGAACACGUUACAUCGUGCCGCACAAAGCGGAGAAACUGAUAUUAUAUUUCUAAUCCAUACUCACCUGCCCAUCAUUGACUCAAAAACAGGCGAGGGUCUUACGCCACUAAUAGUGGCGGCUGGCAAUGGCAAAUUACAUGCAGUGAAAUGGUUUCUUGAGAAGGGGGCAACUGUAACCUGUGAGGACAAGAGAGGAUGGAACACUUUACAUCAUGCCGCACAAUGCGGAGACACUAAUAUUAUAUCUCUAAUCCAUUCUCACCUGCCCAACAUUGAGUCAAAAACAGGCGACGGUUCUACGCCACUAAUGGUGGCGGCUGGCACUGGCAAAUUACAUGCAGUGAAAUGGUUUCUUGAGAAGGGGGCAACUGUAACCUGUGAAGACAAGAGAGGACGGAACACGUUACAUCAUGCCGCACUGGGCGGAGACACUGAUAUUAUAACUCUAAUCCAUACUCAUCUGCCCAACAUUGAGUCCAAAACAGGCGAGGGUCUCACGCCACUAAUGCUGGCGGCUGGCAAUGGCAAAUUACAUGCAGUGAAAUGGUUUCUUGAGAAGGGGGCAACUGAAACCUGUGAAGACAACAGAGGAUGGAACACGUUACAUUAUGCCGCACAGGGCGGAGA